AUGCCAACCAGUAGCGCUCUAAUCAGCGUGACUGAGUUCCCUCCCUUUGUGAUCACCCUGGAGGAGGUUGAAUUCGUCAUGCUGGAGCGCGUCAGCUUGUCGAUUCGCACGUUCGACAUGGUGUUUGUGUUCAAAGAUUACACCAAGAAACCAGCCAUGGUAAACUCCAUUCCAAGUACAUCGCUGGAAUUGGUCAAGGAAUGGCUAUUGUCGUGUGAUUUAUUCUACGCUGAAGGUACCAAGUCUUUGAAUUGGCCCAAGUUAAUGAAGACCAUUUUGGACAAUCCAGAAGGCUUUUUGGAGGAGGGUGGUUGGUCCUUUAUAUCUCCGGAAGAGGACACCGACGAGGAUGAGGAAAAUACUGAUGUCGAAGAUGAGAACUACGCCCCCUCGGAAAGUGAGUUGUCUGGGGAUGGCGACGAAGACGUCAGCGGUGGCAAUUCUAGUGGCGAUGAGGAAGACGAUGAAGAUGAGGAUUGGGAAGCCGAGGAAGAAUCCGAUCGUCCGGAAAGUCUGGACUCCGACGAAUCUGAGGGUAAAGAUUGGGAUGAAUUGGAGGAAGAAGCGAAACGCGAGGACGCAAAGAAUUCGCUUCUUGCUGAUGAGGAUCACCGAACAGGUCAUUCAUCCAAGCGACGCCAUGCUUCAAGCCCUACCUCGGAUGCACGUAAAAAGUCGAGCAAAUCCUCCCACUCCUCUGGCUCCGCUGCCAAGAAGCAGAGACAUCGAUAGAGCACUGUGUCCUUUCUCGUCCGUGCGCG